CAGGGGUUACUUGAUUGUACAGAGGGAAAUCUUCAUAAAUUUGCUAAAAUAUACCAGAAAGGUUAGAUACUUGAUAUGUAACAUUGCCAAGUAGACUUCUACAAACUUUGUUCAAAUCAUGACCCCCGGGGUAAAGUUGGUCCCGCCCCAGGGGUUACUUGAUUGUACAUCGGAAAAUCUUCCAAAAAAAUUCUAAAAUCAUCAGUUUAACAUUUGAAACACGUAGCUCAUAGAAGGCAUAGAAGGUGAGUGAUCCAGGGUCAUCAUGGCCCUGUUGUUUUUUUUUUUCAAAUUUUUACUGUUUUUUUUGUUUGUUUGUUUUUAAGCUCACCUGAGCCAAAAGCCCAUGGUGAGCUUUUGUGACCGCUCAGAGUCCGUCCGUCGUGUGUCAUCAGUCCUCCGUAGUAUGUCGUCGAUCCGUCAAGUUCGAAUCUGGGUCAUCUUGGGUGGAAAACUAAGUCACCAGGUCAAAACAAAGGAAAAGCUUGUUAACACUGUAGAGGCCACAUUUAUGUCUAUCUCUUCAUGAAACUUGAUCAGAAUUUUAAUCUUGAUGAUCUCAAGGUCCAGAAUGAAUCUGGGUCAUGUAGGGUCAGAAACUAGGUCACCAGGUCAAAUCAAAGAAAAAGCUAGUUAACAUGAUAGAGGCCACAUCUAUGACCAUGUUUUAAUGAAAUUUGAUCAGAAUGUUAAUCUUGAUGAUUCUCCGGUCAGGUUAGCAAUACAGGGCCUUCACGGCCCUCUUGUUCUCUUAUAAAUAUUGACAAAGUACUAAAGUUUAGUUUAGAUGUUUAUUUUCUUUUCUUCUUUUGUUUUCACUCUAAAUUAGUUCUUGAGAAUGACUGUUAACUAGAAGCUUCAGUGUCUAGUUAGACAAUAAACAACAUAAGGGCCUUGAUUAUUUAAUCAAAUAUGUUGUUGAUAUAUACAGAUUUUACAAUUGGAAUGUUCAUGUCUAAUAUAGAUAAGUACUUUGUCUUCAUGGUAAUUUUUAUGCUUUCAGCUUCAAACAGCAUUAUCACAACCUGAUAUUGAAGAGAGAUCUAAACUGCACUCAUUCAUACACACAUCUACUGAAGAUUCUGACAUCUUAGGAUCCUCUUUGCUUCAUUCUCCUUCUGCAAGAGAUCAUCUUGGCUCUUCAUUACUGCAUUCCACUUCUGCUGAUUUGAUUGAAGAGAACAUUGAGUCAAAAUUACCACUACUACCAGAAGAUGACCUUGGAUCAUCACUUCUAAUGACAAAUUCGCCUUACAGUUCGCCCUCAUCUUAUGUAUGUCCAGGCAUGACAGACCCUUUACAAGUUACUUCCCCAAACCCCAGUUUGUUGCUGACUGGUUCUCAAGAUGUCCUUGGCUCAUCACUUCAGAAUACGCCCAACAGGCAGCAGUUAGUUAGUUUGUCUAAUGAAGAUAUCCUUGGAACCUCCUUAAUCUGCCCAACUAUUGAUCAAUCACCCACCUUGGCAGGUCGCUCAGUUAGUGAAGACAAUACUUUAGAUAUAUUAGGUGAUUCAUGCAUUUCGGAAGAUGAGUGGAUUGUUGAAAUAAUAGACUCUAUUAGAGGCCCAAAGCUUACCAGUACUCCAUCAAAAGUGCGAAAGGAACUUCAGUUUGAUCGUGUGAAAGCAAAACAGAAGCCAGACAAACCACUGAGUAGUUUUUUGUACAAGGAAGUUAGCAGUGCAAAAAAGAUGAAGUCCAAGGCAUUGAACCCUGAAAAUAUCCGAAGCACUAUGAAACUGAAAUGCUUAUGUGAAGAAAAAUGUAUAAGUAAAUUAUCAUUCAGAACUAUUCACCAUUUAAGACAGGCAUACUGGUCACAGCCUCAGACAGUAAGAAGGCAUUUGCUUAAGCUACAUGUUCGUAAAUCUGUUUUUAAAGGAAAGCAUAGAUUUAUAAAGCUUGAGGAUGAACUAAGUGUGUGUUCAAAAGCAUUUCUCAAUAUCUUAAGAAUUAACAAAAACACAUUAACUACUGCUAUCAAAUCAUGUGAUAAGGACAAUGAAAAUACUCCAGGAAGGUGUCCAAGAAAAAUGAACGAAAAUUCACUAACUGCUAUCAACUGGUUGGAGGAUUAUGCUUCAUUUUAUGGUGACAGAAUGCCUAAUAGUGGAGAUGUUAAAUUACCCUAUAAGUUCAGGAAACUGUCUGUGUACGAAAGCUAUAGAUUAGAAGUGGAAAAUCCAGUUAGCAAAUCACAGUUCUUCAAGAUGUGGAAAACGUAUUUUCCUCACCUUAAAAUUAAACAAACCAACUCAUUUUCAAAAUGUUCAACAUGUACUCUUUUGGAGAAACAUCGCGAAAAUGCUGUGGACUUUGAAACCAGGACUAUGUAUGGGCGAUUAAAAGAUGAACAUCAUGAAAGACAACAGUAUGUUUAUAAUUUAACCUUUAACAUAUUAUUAGUUCGAAGAAGUGCAUGUAUCCCCCAUCUGCCCAUUUUAAAUGCAGGAGAAGCUAAAACAUACCAUGUGACAUAUUUUAAGAUCACAUUGCAGUUUGAUUUUGAAUCAAAGCAUCUGUAA